CUUGAAAUCAUCUAGACACUCACUGCAACCUCUUGCUCCUAUCCCAGGGCCUCUCUCUGCCUGGGUGAGAGGGUAUCCCUUGUCACCAGCCUGUUUUGUCCUGGUCUCUCUGGGGUUGUUGAAUCUCUCCUCUUGCCUGCCAAGUACACAUGUACCCCAGACUUCAUUUCUUUCUGCAUCUUCCUCCAAGAAACAGCUUCCUGAGGGUGCUGGGGCAGCCACUGGUGAGGAGGGGCUGCUCUGAUGUCCCUCCUAUGAGGGGACUCUGCACAGACACCAUUGCCCACACUGUCACACAUAUUUUCAUGCAGUCACACACAAGACAAAAGCAUGCAAUGACAAAACCAUACGCAAUCCUGACUGCCCAGCCAAUCAAGACAUAUCACAGAACACACACAUCCUUCCAAGAAUGUUUAUCCUCAUGCAUCACGUACACACCCCCAGACACUGCAAUGCAAGUCACUAGUCAUGGUCACAUGAUAGUGACAGUGUGGCCUCCUCCCACCCCCAGUACACCCACCCUCUGGCACCACACACAUUGUCUCCAGCUUUCAGGCUCACUGGGGAGGGUGGAAUCGAGCCGGAACAAUCAGCCCAUAUUGGGUCCCCCUAAGUUGCCCCGUCAUACUCAGUCCCAUGCCAUGGUGCCCACACCAACCAUGCAGCCACCAACCCCAGCCAGUGUCAGACACAAUUCCAUGUGGAUGCACAGUCUCACUCCACAUGACCUGCUCUCAAUGCUGGAGGGAAACAGGCAGGCCCUUGCCUUUCUUGGAAAAAGUGUGGGGCCACAGCCCUUUCAGGGCAUUGCACACAGGUGGGCCUGGCCUCACUCCUACCUUCUUCCUCCCCACUGCAGUUGGCAAAGGGGGAGGUUUGGGGCCAGACCCCCACUGGCUGGCAGCCUGGGGGCUCCUCUAAGGCUGAGGAAGGAAAUUUGGCCCCAGCUUGUUGGGGGGUCUUGGGUCUCCCAGGACAGAAGGCCCAGGGCAGGGAGGGGGCAUGUGGUUGGGCCCCUUUCUCUCCCUGUGUCCCCUUCCUGCUCUGAGCUAGGGGGCUGACUCUGCCUCCCAGGACACAAGUCUCCAAAGUGCCUGUGAGGGCGGGCCCUCCGCACCCUCUGCCCUCUGCCUGGCCAGGCCAACCUCAGCCCACCUGCCCAGAGGCCCUCCCUGUGGGCACCCCCUCACCUAUUUGGCCAGACAGUUCUGGCUGCAGCUUCAGGGGCCAUGGCUGGAAGCAGCCCCUGCAAAUCCCUCAGGCCCUGAGGUCAGGGUUUGAGGGAUGAGAGCAGGUGAUAGUGGGGGAGGGAUUACUUCCUUUGUUACCUAGCAAGUAGGGCUAUUUCCAUCGGUAUUUUAAAUGUGGGGUCACAGAUCUUUGGGGGAGGGCGUGCUUGGCAGGGGGCCUCUUGGAGCCAAAGGGAUGUGGUGUGAGUUGUGAAUGGCUGGCACUCACGCUCCCACCCCUCACCCACAGCCCAGAUUCAAGUCAGGAAGGCAGGUUUUAUUUCAGGGCCCUUUGCAAGAUGCCCUGGCAGCAGAUUUCUGCAGGAUGAGGGGUAGCAGUGUGUAGGCAGUGAGGGUGAGGUUCCGGGGGCUGUCCCACAGCCUGUCUUUUCCAGGCUGGGCUCCAUCUUCCAGUCCCAAAACCCUCCUUCACAGGGCCCAGAGGCUUGUGAGGAAGCCAGGUGGACCCAGCCUUAGAAGAGUGGGCAUGGGGGGCCCCCAAUAUCUGGAGGGGGUAGGUUGGCCUCAGUCAUUUUUGGAGCAGAAGGGCUGGGUCCUGGGGCCAGAGCCCACAAGGCUCAGCCUCCCUACCCUGCUCCCUGGGGUGCUGCUGUCUUGGAGACCACAGCUCUGGUGAGACGGCCUGGGCAGGCCAAGGCUGAGAAACCAGGGAGGAGAGAGGAGAAAAGGGCUUGGGCCACCAGCCCCAGAAGGCGCCGGACCUUGGGUGGGAGACCCACCAGUUGGUGUAGGUUCUCUGUAGGGCUGGAGCCCAUGGUGGGGGUGGCCCCAACAGACCUGGCUCCUCACAUCCCAGAGGUUGGCUUCUGAUUUGCGGCUUGGGCUCCUGGCACUGGCUUCUCUUCUCUGUGUCCUUAGCAUUUGAGAGAAGAGGCCAGGGGCCUUGUUCAUGGAGCCCUGGACCCAAGGCAGAUGUCCAGGCUUUAUCCUCGUGAGGUUAAAGAGUCUGACCAGCCCAAAUCUGCCCUGGCCAGCCUGACCAGGGCAAGGCAGUACGAGAGUUCAGUGAGGACUAGCUAGGGUUCUCCAAGGUGCAAUGCAGAUGCAGGGCCCUCAUGUGCCCCUACCCCUGCCUGUGAUGGGGUGUUCUGAGGGGCUUUGGCAUUUGCUGGAAGCACAGCGAGUUCCAAAUGAGAGGGAGCUUGUGUGGCUUGAGAGCCUUUGGGGCCUUGGCUGCCAGAGCAUGAGGCAGGCCAGGACGUGGAGAGCCCAGGCCCUGUCUCCAGGGGGCCAGAUGGGGCCUUGCCUGAAAGGCUGGUCCCCUUGAUUGCUGGAGGUGUGUGGGUGGCAACCAGGGCUGGGCAGGGCUUAGGGUGUGUGGACCAAACCCCCCUAGGGUUGGCAAAGCUGCCUGUCAGGCCUCCAGGUGGGGGCCCUUGGACGCAGCGAGCAGACCCUCUGCCUUGCAGGGCAGGAAUGGCUGCCUCCUGGGUUCUCUGGAUUUCUUCUCCCAACAACUACAACCCUGGACUUGCCUCCCCAGGCCUCUUGCCUGUAAAUAGAAGCCCGCAAACUGUACAGAUUUAGAGGCAUCGAGACUGGGCCCCGGGAGUCGCCAUCUGAGAGCCGAUGGCCCCAGCAUCCCCCAGGUGCCUGCCUGGCACCACAGUGACCCUGGCCUCAGCGUGGCACAUGCAUGUAAAUAUUUUUCGUAGGCGGCGUGGCUCCAGAGAGCCCCCUGAAGACAGUGUCCCUCCCUCUGGUGAGUCCUUUCUCCUGUACAGAACUGGCCGGGGGUGGGUGGGGGUCUGCCGUUCCCUCCCCCAGGCCUUCCCUGCCCCUUCUCUGCCCUGUAACCUGUUUAUUAACUGUACCUGUCCUGAGUUCAUGGCCAAAACCUUAAAUAAGGAAAAAGACAGUGGAAAAAAGAGACCAAGGCGCCUGCCCCACUGUGGGUACUCACCUGUUCCAGCCUUGUGAAGGAACUGGUUUUGUUUUUGUUUUUUUUGUUUUUGUUUUUGUUUUGUUUUUUGUUUUUUAACACUUCCCGUGCUGUGCCCAUUUAUAAGAGGAAAUAAAAUUAAGCUGAAAUGUU